UCUCUUCUUCUUAUCAUGAAAUCUGCAUGUACUCUACCCUCGCUUUCAGACAUUGUCAACACUAGUGGCUAUUUCUACACAAGACAGUCAACAAAACCAUCAAUCCUCCAUGUAUCCAGCCUUUUAUCUCCAACAAGGGCUGAUAGUGUUCUCUACGAAUCCGAUGAGCCGGUAAAAGCGAAAAGAAAGCGAGCAUCCCCUUCACAGCUGUACAUAUUGAACCGAGUCUUUCAACAGACAUGUUUUCCAUCAACCGAACUUCGCAUAGAACUAGGCAAACGAUUAGGAAUGAGUCCAAGAACUGUGCAGAUAUGGUUUCAAAAUAAGCGACAGUCGACAAGAACACGAGAGAGAGUUACCCCUCAACAGCAGCGUCGAAGUAUGUUUGUCUCGCCGCCGGUUUCUCCCUUACCAUCUCCUAGUUUGAUCAAAUCUUUAUCACUUCCGCCUCUUCAUCCACCACCUGCCUUUGCACUCAGCCCUUCCUCCUCAGCUCAUUCUAGCCCCACAUCAAUCGAUGCAAUGCUGUUUCGUGGCUUCUAAAGAUAGCAAUGGUUCUUUUCUCUACCGUGUAUAUUCCUAAAAGCCGGAAAUUGCGCUAUCCAUAUGCUUUCAAGUUUUAUAUGCCACUUAUGUACUACCCUUCUGUAGUUUCUCUUUUUUUGCUUCUUUCGUUUGCAAGUAUGUGUAGUCUCAUGAAUUAUUGCUUCUUCUUCUUUUUUUUACAUUUAAUAGAAAUGCACACAACCUUACUCCUUUUCCUCUUUCAUUGUUUUCUUAAAAAAGUUCUUAAUUUAAACAAUAAUAAACGUAAAAACGCAUGUUUUAAAAUAGUUCUUUUCAACGAAUGGAUCAUUCUUUUUAUUUCUUUUAAAGGUAAUCUAACCUUCGUU